GUAGAGACAGAGAGAUUCACACAGAGAUCAUUCAGCAUAAAGAAGACUGAACUCAAGUCACAAUGAAGAUCCUCCUCAUCUUCUUCACUUUCUACCUGAUCUCAGAUGCAGUGAGAUGCUUUAGCGUCACUGGAUAUUCUGGAGGAAGCGUGCUUGUUGAUUCUGGGAAAAUUUGGUUCAGUGACUCUGCUAAAUAUAUGGUUAAACAUGACCCAUGGAGAAACAUAAUAAAUUACAAGAAACACAGUGAAUGGACUAGUGAAGGAAGAUUCAUUCUUUUUCGCAACAAAUAUGGAAAACUCAUGAUAUUGAUCAGAGAACUGAACACACAGGAUGCUGGAAAAUACAGAAUUAGGGUUCUUAAUAAGUGGUAUAUAGAUUUAACUUUGAAUGUGAAAAAAGAUUCAUGCUGUGUGGUGUCGAAGAAAGUGGUUGUAAAGAGUGGAGAAAUUGCCACCUUCAGCUGUGAAUAUUCACAGAAUCAUAUUAAUGAUGCAAAAGUCAUAUUCAAAGAACGACAAAACUCCAUUGACGCAUAUAACGAGGAAGCAAGAUUCAGUAUUUCUGAUGACAGACACAAUAACUUCUUCAGUGUGAGGAUUACUGCUGUGACACCAGAUGAUGGAGGAGUUUAUUUGUGUGGAGUUUGGAUCGACAAACAGUCAUACUCCAUUAGUACUACUGUUCAUCUGCAAACUAUGACUAAAGUGGGCGUGUCUAGAGUGAGUGGCUACUCAGGAGGUGGUCUGAUGAUCAAGUGUGAACAUCCUCAAUACAAAACCAAGACAAAAUACAUCUGUAAAGAAUCAGCUGGAUGUUCAGAGAGGAAGAAUCCAGGAGUUCAGGAUGAAUGGAUGGAGAAUGGAGAUGUUUCUUUAUAUGACGACACCAGAGCAGGAGUCUUGAUGGUGUUUUUUAGAGAGCUGAAAGCUGCAGAUGCAGGAACAUACAGGUGUGGAGUGAAAGUAUCUGACUAUACUAAGAGCUUCACUCAACUUCAGCUGAGCGUCAAACACGGUGAGGAACCACAAAUACUGUAUCUUGUAUAUGUAAAUUAUUUCUUCUGAUUUUUGUGUAAAUUAUUUUGGUUUAUAGAUGCAAAAUAUCUACAAAGAUGGUGACAGAAUAUGUUCCUUUUGGUGAAGUCAACAUCAGCUGUCAGAUCUCAGAGGAACAUAAAGUUCAUUUCUGUAAAGAGGAUGAUAAUCACAUCUGUCAGAACAUCAGCUCAUCUAAAGU